AUGAGGAACAAUCUCCUCCUUACGUUUACUCUUCUAAUAGCAGCGGAGCUGUACGUGGCAUCUGCACAGGGGGGAUGUGAAAAUGGAUGGGAGCGGUCAACUGACCGAUGCUUGUCACUGUUCGGGGAUGCCAUUGACGGUGCAGCGCGCUUGACAUGGUUCCAGGCCGACGAAGCUUGCAAAGCUAUGGGAGCAAGUCUAGCUAGCAUCAAGACGAAAGAAACGCAGCCCAUCAUGACUGCCUUGUUAGUCCUAGCUCCCUCCUCCAAUGUCUGGAUCGGCUUGAAUGAUGUAGAUGAAGAAGGGGUCUACAAGUGGCCGGACGGCACAUCUCUGGAUGAUGAUCCAACGACCGGAUUCACAAAUUGGGGUCCAAAUCAGCCUGAUAAUGCCAAUAACGCAUAUGAAGAGGACUGCGUGUAUCUAGGAGCUAACGAGGAUUUUCCUGGCGAGUGGUUUGACGGUUUCUGUUACUACCCUCGGGCCUACAUCUGUGAGAAGCCUCAAGGUAUGAUUCUCAACAAGGGUGGUUGGACGAACAAAUUAGACAAAGCUGAAACAUCUCUCAAGCUAUCCCCUACCGCACCCCACCUCCUACCCCCCACCCCCCAUAACCCAUCUCCUGUCCCACACCCCUACACUAACUCCUAUCCCACCCCUACACCACCUCUACCCUACCCCAAACCCAUCUCCUGUCCCACCCCUCCUACCCCACCCCUACACCACCUCCUACCCCACCUCCUACCCCACCCCUACACCACCUCCUACCCCACCCCUGUGCCACCUCCUACCCCAACCCUAUCCCACUUCCUAUCCCACCCCUACACCACCUCCGACCCCACCCCUAACCCAUCUCCUACCCCACCCUUAUCCCACUUCCUACCCCACCCCUACACCGCCUCCUACCCCGCCUCCUACCCCACCCCUACACCACCUCCUAUCCCACCCCUACACUUCCUCCUACCCCACCCCUAA